UCGCCCAGGGUAUGGCUAAUGGUCGGCCCACGAAAUGUAAAAACAGUGCGGUAAAAAUGGCUGCUGCGGUAUCGUCGAGCCGUCUGUGUGAUAGCAACCCGGCAACUCCAGGCGCGCAGUCCAGUCGGCCAGUCGGGAGGAUGCAGAAGAGACUUCAAAUGAUGAUGCCAGUCAGCCUGCCAAGCGGCGACGCAUGGGAUCUGGGGAUAGCUCAAAAAGUAGCGACACCACACAAGACUUCAGCUCAACCUAUUUUCCAGCAGAAAUGUUGACGGAGUAUAAAUGGCCAGGUGAUGAUACAGGGGAGUAUCACAUGCUACAGGAACAAGUUAGUGAAUACUUGAGUGUGACUUCAUUCAAACGUAAAUAUCCAGAUCUGGAACGGCGUGAUUUAUCACACAAAGAGAAGCUUUAUCUCAGAGAGAUGAAUGUUAUCACUGAAACACAGUGUACCUUGGGCUUAACUGCUCUAAGAAGUGAUGAAGUUAUUGAUCUGAUGAUUAAAGAAUAUCCAACGAAGUAUGCUGAAUAUGCAGUGGUUCUGCAGGAAAGGGAGCGGCAACAGAUCACCGACCGAUACAAGGAAUAUUCGCAAUUACAGUUACAGAACACACAAAAGGUUGAGCCCAGUAAAGUUCCCGAGUACAUCAAAAAAGCUGCUAAGAAAGCCGCAGAAUUCAACAGCAAUUUCAACAGAGAGCGGAUGGAGGAAAGGCGGGCUUACUUUGACUUGCAGACACAGGUAAUCCAAGUGCCACAGGGGAAAUACAAAAUUCUUCCCCCAGAGCGGACGAAGGUUGGUGCUUAUCCAGUUGCUCUCAUACCAGGCCAGUUUCAAGAAUAUUACAAAAGGUACUCUCCCAAUGAACUGCGUUACCUUCCUGUAAACACGGCCUUGUAUGAACCACCUUUGGACCCAGAAUUGCCAGCACCUGACAGUGAUGGAGAUUCCGAUGAUGCAGAAGAUGGACGUGGGGAGGAUGAGCGAAAAGAAGACAAAGGUUUUUCCGAUACAUCUUCUGGGAGCACGACAGGCGGUGAAAGUCCUACUGAACAUCAAGAUGACUCAUCACAGGGAAAGCAGACACCAAAAGAAAGAGGACCACGAGCAUUGAAAGAUGCAAAACGCAGUGUAACACCCAAAUCAGUGACUGGGUACAAGCCUAAAAUCAUUCCAAAUGCAAUAUGUGGGAUUUGUCUAAAGGGUAGAGAAUCCAACAAGAAAAACAAACCUGAAGCACUGAUACACUGCUCCCAGUGUGACAACAGUGGACAUCCAUCCUGUCUGGAUAUGUUUUCCGAGUUAGUGGCUGUAAUAAAAACCUAUCCGUGGCAGUGUAUGGAAUGCAAGACGUGCAUUGUGUGUGGCCAGCCACAUCAUGAGGAGGAGAUGAUGUUCUGCGAUAAGUGCGACCGUGGGUAUCACACCUUCUGUGUGGGAGUCACUGCCAUCCCCUCAGGUCGUUGGAUCUGUGAUUGCUGUUCAAAUAUCGCUUCCACAACCAAGAAAGGGUCACGUAGAGGAAAGAGCACCAAAGAAGGCUAAAGAUAGGGUCAGUUCAAGAAUGUUGGCCAUCUUAAAGUCCCCAAUUCAGCACUGGUCAGCUAUUAAUGGAAGGUGCUUUCAUAACAUGUGUUUUUUUUUAAAUUGUGCUUUGUAUGGAAAUUAUUUUGAACUAAAUAAAUGGCUGGCUGAAAUGAUGCCAGGCAGUUGUGAAUUUA